AUGAUAUUGACAAUUUUAACUAAACUUGUUUUAAUAAGUACAGAUAAUAACUUAGUGGGAAAGACUGUUAAAAUUAAAUCAAAUGGUAAUUAUUUAAAAGCACUUCCAAUAAGAGAAAGUAUAAUUGGUAUUACUAAAAACUCAAUAGACGCUAGUAAAUGGAAAUUAAAUAGUGAUAAUAACGGACAUACAUUUUAUAUUGGGUUAUUAGAGAAUGAAAAUAUGGUAAUUUCAACUAAUAACAUUCUAAAAACAAAAAUUUCAAUUAGAGACUUAAAAGGAAAAGAGAAUAGAAAACAGUUUCAAUUAGAAAAAUUGAGCGACAACACUUAUAAAAUAAAACAGAAUGGUUUAAAAGGAUGUUUAACAAAUAACAUAAACAGAAUUAUUGGUAGAAAAUGUGAUUCAAAAGAUAUUAAUCAAACAUUUAAAAUUGAAGAAGUUAAUGAUGACCCUCCAAUUGAAGAAAAAUUGAAUGAUGUUCCAAUACAAGAAACUAAAGAAACUAAUCCAGUUGAUAUUUGGUUAAAUAAACCAUUAAAUUUAGAAUCACAAUCAGGUUUAUUAACAGAAGUAAACAAUCAAUUGAUUUUUGGAAAUGAUGUUCCUAUUGAAUUAACAAUUAAAAAAAUAAUCGAUUCUUAUCAAUUCAUUAACCAAGUAGAUGAUAAAAUAUUAACAGUAGAUAACAAUUCUAGACUACCAAUAUUUAGUAAUGAAGGUUCCUUGUUUACUAUUGUUAGUAAAAGAGAUAAUAAAAUAACAAUGAUUGAUGUAAAUAGCAAACAAUGUUUAUCAGUAGGAUUUAAUAAUCAAUUAAUACUACAUGAGUGUAAUGAUAGUUCAAAUCAGGAAUUUGAAAUAAAAGAAGCAACUAAAAGAUCACAAGAAUAUAUUGAUUCAUUAGAAAAUAAAAAUAAUAAUAACACAAUUAAAGAACAUUAUGAAAAUAUGGAUAUUGAUAGUUUAAAAGAAAAAGAAAAACAAGAAUCUUUAUCAAAUCACAAUCAUUCACUUCCACCAUUAAAUGAUAAAAAAGAAAAAGAUUCAUCAACUGCUAAAGCAAAUGUAAGAAUUACUAAAAGUGAAAAUUCUUCUCCAAAAGCUCAUAGUUUUUCAACUUAUAAAUAUUCUAAUGGAAACAAGAAUGGAUCUGUAAAAAGAUUUAAUAAAAACCCAAGUGGUAGUAAAACUACUACAACUAUUAAAAGAGUCAGUUAUGGGAAAAAAUAA